AUGAGUGGGGGCUUCAGGGGUAAGAAGCUGACGGUUAGGUACGAUGACAGCUUGAAUCAUGGCAAACGGGGGAUGGAGAAGGGGGAUAAGAGCAGGGAGAUUGUGCAAAGUAAAAGGAGCAAAAUUACUCGCCGGGGAGGUGGACUUUAUGGAGAUGGAGAGAGUGUUCUGGCUCCCCCGGCAUCAAUAUUGGAUGAUCCUAGAAAGGAAAGAAAGCGAAAGCCUUCGCCCACGAAAUUACGUCGGGAGAAGGAGGAGGCGUUCAAAUUAAACUGUUACACAACCCUUCGGAAAAGCCGAGAGCAAUUCCGCCGGAAUCUGGUGAGAAUGAUCCUCGAACAAGAAUUGGAGGAAGAUCCCGGCUCGGAUAUCGAUGAGUACAGAAUAACUCACGCCGAGGACACAGAGGACCUCCUGAAAUACUAUUAUUACAUUAUGCUGGGGAUUGAUGACGUCCAUGUAGCACCUAUAGAUUCGGAUUUGCUCGAGAAGAUUCUUAAUCUCGUGCCUGUGAGGUGGAAGUCUCGCUUCAAAAAUACCCUGUCUGGGGUUAUUGAUGAUGCGAGGGAGGAUUAUGCUAUGAGCUUGAAGAAAUCUAUUGUGGAUUUUGUGCUGCAGGAUCCGUUGGAAGAUGGGAUGAAGUAUCAAGAUAAACAGGAAAUGACAAAAGAAAGGUACGAAAUCAAGAAUUUCCCCCCAGCAUUCUCAGUCAGAUACAAGAGAUCCAGACUAAAAUUGCAGAAAAUUUUAUACCUCUAUCAUCCUUGCAUGAGAAAGGCUCUAGACCUGUGGUAUCAGGACUUUAGAACCCUGAGAUUGAUCGACAAAACCGAACUGCUAGCCUCUGACAAGCCCUACGACCUCUCGGCCUUCGAGUCUACAUUCAAUUCGAUGGUGAAAAGGACUAUAAGUACAUUGUGUAAAGUCUGGCUGCCGAAACUAACGAACAUCGUUACAGUGGCAAGGAGGAGGGGGCAGUUGCCAGGUGACAGUGAUGAACGGAGAAUCACCAAAUUCUUUAAUUGUCUCGCGAUUGUUAUGGAGAGUCAGCUGUGCAAUUUGUGCCUUAAUUCGAUGGAGGAUUAUAUGGACUUUCUUAAAAAAGUGGCACACAUGAAAUGCAGCUUCAACAUAAACGUUGUGGUGAGGAGUAAGACCAUUGGAUUCGAUCCAUCGUUCAAAGCAUUCACGGAUACAUUACUCUCAUUACUGGCAUCGCUUUAUCAAGCUGUUUGCGGAUAUCCGCGGAUAGAGCGGAAGCUGUACGAUAAAUCCACUCUCGGCAGAGGGAUUCUCAAGCCAAUAAUCCUCGACGAAAUCCUCAACAAGUACCGCAACCAAAUAACGGAACUGAUCCAAGAGCACAGAAUAGGCCCCGAGUUACAAAUCCAGAACUUCGACAAAUACGUGACAUUGAUAAACGAGGCUGACGAGGACUUGGUGAAAAAGUUCCUGACCGCAGAUCCACCGCGAACCUUCGAUGAAUACGCCCAACUCAUCGAAAAGUACGAGAAACUUUUAAAAAAUAUCCCCGUUGAGUUCGAUCGCACAUUCUUCAGUGGAAUUUUCGAUGUCCAUCGGGAGGAUUUCAUGGAGUACAUGGCGAGAAUUGCCAAUUUACUCAAGGGCAAACUUGUCGACAGGAUGAUUGAGAAUUAUCAAUCGAAAUCGAGGAUUAUCGGAGAGGAUUACGAGAAUAUAGCGGAGAGAGCUCUCGGCGUCCCUGCCAACACAAAAGAACUAAUGGCGCUGAAAGAAUUCGUCGCGAAAGCUCAAACGGAGAUGCUUCUCGACUUGGAAAAUCAUUUGAGAGGGGUCAUAAAAUACGUCCAAUUCUUGUCGGAUUAUACACUGCUGACUCCCGUUGAAUUGAAGACCAAUAACUUCGCAUUCGGAUGGUAUCACCGGAUGUCCUCGAUAUUCGAAGACCACUUGAAGAUAAUCGAAUCGAAAAAAGGUGAGUACCAAGAAGCACUCCUGACUCGCAUCGAAAAGUUCCACAACGACUUAAAAAUCUGGGAGAAAUACUGCGACGAGAUGCAGUACUGGGGGAACGUAGACGAGAUAUUCCGCUAUAAAAAGAAGGCAACGAACCUCGAGAACCGCCUGAUAGGCGCCAUGGACACAAUCGAUUCGUUCAACGAGGAGGAACAGAUGUUCGGUUGGGAGUUAUCACAAUAUCCCCUUCGAAAAAAAAUAGCAGACAAGCUGUCUCCCUACAAGAAGUUCUACGACGUGGCAUGUGAGUUCAUCUCUCAGCACCACACCUGGAUGAGUUCGAUGAUAGGUAGUCACGAUCCGGAGACGAUUGAAACCGACUCUGGAACAGCUCACAGAACAGUCCUGAAGCUAGAGAAGAUCUUCCAAGAGCCAGUUGUCCGAAAGCUAGCGGAAACCGUCCGAAUCCAAAUAGAAGAAUUCCGUGAGCACAUGGCGCUGAUAGCGAACCUAGGAAAUCCAGGGAUGAAGAGCCGACACUGGACCCAGGUCUCCGAGAUCGUGGGCUUCCCGAUUAAAGUCGACGAGAAUAUGACACUAGCCAAGAUCAUAGACUUCGGCCUGGACGAAUAUGUCUCAAAGUUCGAAGGGAUCUCCGAAGCUGCGACCAAGGAGAGCAAUCUUGAGAAGGCCCUUCUCAAGAUGCACGACGACUGGACCACAAUCGAGUUCAUGGUCAACCCAUACAGAGACACUGGAACCUACGUAAUUGCAAGUGUCGACGAGAUCCAACUACUCCUGGACGACCACCUGACGAAGGCGCAAACCAUGAAGAACUCGCUCUACAUUAAGCCAUUUGAGAAGGAGACGUUGGAGUGGGAAGCCAAGUUGUACUUGCUUCAAGACAUAAUGGACUACUGGUUGAAAGUACAGGCGACGUGGAUGUACUUAGAGCCUAUAUUCUCAUCCCCAGACAUACAGCAACAAAUGCCGGAAGAGGGUCGUCGGUUCAGCGCUGUCGACAAGAUAUGGCGUGACAUAAUGAAUUCGGUCAUGCAAGACCCGAGGGUAAUGUCAGUUGUGGAGAUCGAUAAGAUGUUGGAUCGUCUGAAAAAGUGCACAGGUCUCCUUGACCUUAUCCAGAAAGGUCUCAAUGACUACUUGGAGAAAAAACGACUCUUCUUCCCGAGAUUCUUUUUUCUAUCGAACGACGAACUACUCGAGAUUUUGUCCGAGACAAAAGAUCCAACGCGAGUUCAACCGCACUUGAAAAAGUGCUUCGAGGGGAUCGCUAAAUUAGCAUUCACGGAGGAUAUGGAGGUGACGACGAUGGAGUCAUCGGAGGGGGAAUCGAUAGUACUGGAAGACAAGAUUGAUACGGCUAGUGCACGUGGGCAGGUCGAGAAGUGGCUUGUGGAGUUGGAGACGGAUAUGAAGAAGAGCAUCAAGGCUCAAGUUAUCCGAGCAAAGGACGCGUACCUCGGGAAGAAGCGGUCUGAGUGGGUGCUUGAGUGGCCCGGACAGACGAUCCUCUGUGUUGGUCAACUUUACUGGACGUCUGACGUCACAGAAGCUUUUCCUAGGGGUUUAGAGGCGUUGAAGGCUUACGUCGACGUAUGUAAUGAAGAGCUGAACAAGAUAAUCGUUCUCGUACGGGGCAAGCUAUCGACUCAGAACCGAACGACGUUGGAAGCGUUGGUGACGUUGGACGUCCACUCGCGAGAUGUGACCGUUGACCUUUGGGAGAAGAAGGUGACAAAGGCGACGGACUUCAAAUGGCUGUGUCAACUGAGGUACUACUGGAUGGAGGAUAACAUGAUAACCAUGAUGAUAAACUCGUCCCUGAAAUACGGGUAUGAAUAUCUUGGGAAUAGCGGACGCUUGGUCAUCACACCUUUGACCGAUCGAUGCUACAGAACCCUCUUCGGUGCUCUAGCUUUAAACUUGGGAGGCGCCCCAGAGGGGCCGGCCGGCACCGGAAAGACGGAAACCACAAAAGACUUGGCGAAAGCUAUUGCAAAGCAAUGUGUCGUCUUCAACUGCUCCGACGGUCUCGACUAUAUCGCCCUGGGGAAAUUCUUCAAAGGUCUCGCCGCCUCGGGCGCUUGGUCCUGCUUCGACGAGUUCAAUCGUAUCGAUUUGGAAGUUCUCUCAGUUGUUGCACAACAAAUUUUAACCAUUCAACGCGCAAUCCAAGCGAAGAAAACUAAACUCGUUUUCGAGGGGACGGAAUUGAAUUUGGAUCCUACUUGCGCGGUGUUCAUCACGAUGAACCCUGGGUAUGCUGGACGCUCCGAAUUACCAGAUAAUCUGAAGGCAUUAUUCCGCUCUGUUGCCAUGAUGGUACCCGACUACGGACUGAUCGCGGAAAAUACUCUGUACUCCUACGGCUUCUACAACGCUCGUCCCCUCUCUGUGAAGAUUGUGAUGGCGUACAGAUUAUGCUCGGAGCAGCUGUCGAGCCAGAGUCACUACGACUACGGCAUGAGAGCCGUCAAAUCCGUCCUGGUAGCAGCAGGAAAUCUCAAGCUGAAAUAUCCGCAGGAGAGCGAGGACAUCCUAAUGCUCCGCAGCAUCAAGGACGUCAACCUCCCAAAAUUCCUGAGCCACGACUUACCAUUGUUCCACGGCAUCACCUCAGACCUCUUCCCCAAUGUCGUCCUCCCAGAGUCCGAUUACACUGACCUCAACAGCUGCAUCUUCGAGGCCUGCCAAACCGCCAACAUCCAGUGCGUUCCGGUAUUUCUGGAGAAGAUCCAACAGAUUUACGAGAUGAUGAUCGUCCGACACGGCUUCAUGAUAGUAGGUUACCCCUUCGGCGGUAAGACCGAAGCUUACAAGAUGCUGGCAGCGGCUCUCGAACUCUGCGAACAGCGUAACCUCAUCGACGAGCACAAAGUAGAGAUCACGGUCAUUAAUCCCAAGUCCAUAACAAUGGGCCAACUUUACGGACAAUUUGAUCCGGCUUCUCAUGAAUGGAGCGAUGGUGUCCUAGCGAUAAGCUACAGAGCCUUCGCAGUGUCGACGAACAGCAACAGAAAAUGGCUGAUAUUCGACGGACCGAUCGACGCAGUCUGGAUCGAGAAUAUGAAUACUGUUCUGGAUGACAACAAGAAGCUCUGUUUGAUGAGCGGUGAGAUCAUCCAACUAGCUAAAACUACGAAUCUAAUCUUCGAACCGAUGGAUCUGGAAGCAGCUUCACCCGCUACAGUCUCUCGUUGCGGUAUGAUUUAUAUGGAGCCGGUCGCUCUCGGUUGGGAGCCACUACUGAAAUCCUGGUUGGAGACUCUCCCGCCCCUCGUCACCGACUUCUUGAAAACUUUCCUGUACGACUCGUUAUUUUUUCGCUUCUGCAAACCCCUGUUCCACCUUCUGAGAAGGGGCGGAUUAAAGGAGAUGUGUCCUAUGCCGGACUCGAAUCUUCUGCGAUCAAUAACGUACCUGAUGGACUGCUUCAUUGAUGACUAUCGAGAGGACGAUCCGGAAAAGGAAACAGCACUUCCUAACGAGCUUGAUCUGAGAGCCCAACUAGAGGGGUCAUUCUUUUUCUCUUGUAUAUGGGCAAUGGGCGGAACUCUCGAGGCAAACCAUCGAGAAAAGUUCAGUAUGCUAUUCCGAGGACUUCUCGAGAAAGAAUUUCCCCAGAGCUUAGCGGAAUUAUUCGAACUUCCAGAAGCCGUUCAACCCCCAGCAAAGCCUUAUAUAUUCGUAAUGCCGAAGGAUGGAAUGGUGUUUGAUUAUCGAUUUAUUCGGGAAGGAAAGGGCAAAUGGAAACUGUGGUCCGAUGAAUUGAUGAAUGCUCCCCCUAUUCCCCGUGACGUACCCGUGAAUCAGAUUAUUGUGCCGACAGUAGAGACUAUCAGAUAUACCACGCUGUUCCAAUUACUCGUACAGCAUGCGAAACCAGUGUUGUUUGUCGGUCCAACUGGCACCGGAAAGUCGGUCUACAUUAUUGAUUUCCUGCUGAAGAGAAAUGAUACUGUAAAGUUUAAACCACUAUUCAUUAACUUCUCGGCGCAGACAUCUGCGAAUCAGACGCAGGACAUUGUUAUGAGUAAAUUGGACAAGAGGAGGAAGGGGGUUUACGGUCCUCCGAUCGGAAAGCGAUGGGUUGUCUUCGUGGAUGAUGUCUCAAUGCCGUUGAAGGAGACGUACGGGGCGCAACCGCCGAUCGAACUCCUCCGGCAAUUGCUCGACCACGGACAGUGGUAUGACAGGAAGGAGAAGAAUCCUCUGAAGCUUAUUGAGGUUCAGUUGAUGUGCGCAAUGGGUCCACCCGUCAGCGGGGGAAAGGACGUCACGCCGAGGUUCAAGAGGCACUUCUUCACCCUCGCAAUUUCAGAGUUCGAGGAUCAGGUGAUGACCACCAUUUUCAGUAAGAUUGUCCUCUGGCAUCUGGACACGAGAGGCUUCAGCAAGGAGUUUGACCCGUGCAUCGAUCAGGUCGUGAUGGCGACACUGGAUAUUUACAAGGAGAGCUUGACCAAUCUCCUACCGACGCCAUCCAAGUCUCAUUAUUUGUUCAACAUGAGGGACUUCUCGAGGGUCGUCCAAGGAGUCCUGCUGUCCGUCCCGGAAUCCAUGCCGACGUUGGCGAACAUGAAGCGAUUAUGGGUCCACGAGAUUCUGAGGGUAUUUGGAGACAGAUUGGUCGACGAAACCGACACCCAGUGGUUGAUCAAGCAGUUGAGAUCAACCGUGGAGACUCGAAUGGACGCCAACUUCGACGCCCUCUUCGAGGAUUUGGGUGAAGGACCCAUCGGAGAAGUUGAACUGAGAAAACUAGUCUUCUGUGACUUUUUGGAUCCCAAGGCGGACACCAGGCUGUAUCAAGAGAUCCCGGACCUCGAGCUGCUUCGAUCAAUCGUCGAGGGGUAUCUGAUAGAAUACAACUCGAUGACGAAGAAGCCGAUGAACCUAGUGCUCUUCAGGUUCGCCAUAGAGCAUUUAUCGAAGAUUGCGAGGAUCAUAAAGCAACCGAGGAGUCAUGCCCUUCUGGUCGGCGUUGGUGGUUCUGGAAGACAGUCAUUAUCGAAGUUAGCUUCUCAUAUUUGCGAGUACGACCUCUUUCAGGUGGAGAUCAGCAAGCAGUAUGGCGUCCACGAGUGGCACGAGGACCUGAAGAUGAUCCUAAAGAAGACCACAGCUACUGAACUCCACUCGACCUUUCUGUUCACCGACAGUCAGCUCAAAAAGGAAAGCUUCCUCGAGGACAUCAGUAACAUGUUGAACUCUGGUGAAGUUCCAAAUCUCUUCAACACAGAUGAAAAAGCCGAGAUCUGCGAGAAGAUGCGGCAAAUCGAUCGUCAACGAGAGCGAGCGAAUCAAACGGACGGCAGCCUUGUCGCUCUGUUCAAUUUAUUCGUGCAAAUAGCACGCGAUCAAUUGCAUAUAGUGGUAGCCAUGUCACCGAUUGGCGAUGGCUUUCGAAACCGAGUGAGAACAUUCCCCGCUCUUGUCAACUGUUGCACAAUCGAUUGGCUCCAGCCAUGGCCGGAGGAUGCACUGUUGGCGGUUGCAACGAGAUUCCUGGGGGAAAUUAAACUGUCGGACCAUGAGAGAAAGGCUGGCAUCGAUAUGUGUCAGUUCUUCCAUGUGUCCACGCAGACAUUGAGUGAAGAGUUUCGAAUUCGAUUGGGGAGAUUUAAUUAUGUCACUCCUACCUCGUAUCUGGAGAUGAUCAAUACUUUUAAGGAUCUUUUGCAUAAUAAGCGGAAGGAAAUCUUGCUGGCAAAAACCCGAUAUGAAGGUGGGUUAGAUCGUCUGGGAUCGACCCAGCACCAGGUCACUGAGAUGCAGGAGACCCUCAAAGGUCUUCAACCGCUCUUGGUCACCGCAGCUCAAGACGUCCAGCGGAGUGUGGCAACCGUCGAGAAAGAAUCAUCUGAGGUUGCAGCAGCGGAGAAAGUCGUCAAGGUAGAUGAAGAGGCAGCAACGGAGGUGGCAAAUGCUGCUGAAGAAAUCAAAGCAGACUGCGAUGCUAAAUUGGCUGAUGCUUUGCCCAUUCUCAACGCAGCGCAAGCUGCUCUGAAUACCUUGACCCCAGCGGACAUCUCCAUUGUGAAGACUAUGAAGAAUCCCCCCGCGAAUGUCAAACUCGUCAUGGAGAGUAUUUGCAUUCUGAAGGAGAUGAAGCCUGAGAAGGUUCAAGGGCCUGAUGGAAAAUCGGUUGAUGAUUAUUGGAAGGUUUCAAUGAAGAUAUUGAGCGACGCCAAAUUCCUGGACUCCCUCAUCAACUUCGAUAAGGACAACAUCCCUGAGAAGGUAAUUGAUAAGAUCAAGAAGGAUUACCUCACGAAUCCCAACUUUGACCCGGAAAAAGUGAAGACAUCGUCGACAGCUUGCGAGGGCUUAUGCAAAUGGGUAUACGCUAUUACGGAGUAUGACAAAGUUGCGAGGGUGGUGGCGCCCAAGAAGAAAGCUUUAGCCGAGGCGCAAGUAGUUCUUAAUGAGGCCACGGAUAAACUGAAUGCCAAACGAGCACAGUUGGCGGAAGUUCAGGCGAAACUGGCGAUACUUAAAGCGAACUUGGCGUUGAAGAAAGCUGACCAUCAGAAAAUGAUUGAUAAAGCUGCGGAUUGCGAGCAGAAACUUAAACGCGCUGAGGAAUUGAUUGGGGGAUUGGGGGGAGAGAGGACGAGGUGGUCAGAGAGUGCUAAAGAGUUAGGAGAAAGAUUCGAAAAGUUGACCGGUGACGUAAUAAUAGCCUCAGGCAUAGUAGCUUACCUAGGGGUCUUCACAACCCCGUACCGCAUAAAGCAGAUAAAAACGUGGGUCUCCCGCUGCCAAAGUCUGGACGUGGUAUGCACCGAAGACUUCUCCCUGAAAGACGUCCUAGGCGACCAAGUCCUAAUCCGCUCCUGGAUAAUCGCGGGCCUCCCGAGCGACAGUUUCUCCAUAGACAACGGCAUAAUCAUAAAGAACGCCCGACGAUGGCCCCUGAUGAUCGACCCCCAGAGUCAAGCCAACAAAUGGGUGAAGAACAUGGAAAAAACCAACAACAUGAGCAUAAUAAGACUGACUCAACCAGACUACCCUAGGGUCUUAGAGAACGCGAUUCAAUUCGGACAACCGAUUCUUCUGGAAAACGUCCCGGAGGACUUGGAUGCAAUGUUAGAGCCGGUUCUGCUCAAGCAGACUUUCAAGCAGGGUGGCGCCCUCUGCAUAAAGCUAGGUGACUCUGUCGUCGAGUACAGCGUGAAUUUCCGUCUCUACAUAACAACGAAACUGGGGAAUCCCCAUUAUCUCCCGGAGAUCGCUGUCAAGGUGACACUCCUCAACUUCGUGAUAACUCCCAGUGGUCUUGAGGACCAACUCCUGGGGAUUGUUGUGGCGAAGGAGAGGCCUGACCUGGAGGCAGAGAAGAAUUCCUUGAUAAUUCAAGGUGCAGCGAACAAGAAGCUCCUGAAGGAGACCGAGGACAAGAUUCUCGAAGUCCUCUCAGUGUCCGAGGGGAAUAUCCUCGAGGAUGAGGAGGCGAUCGGCGUCCUCACGUCCUCCAAAAUCCUCAGCAAUGACAUUCAGGCCAAACAAGCGGCUGCUGAAGUCACGGAGAAGUCCAUCGACACCACGAGGUUGCAGUACACACCCAUCGCUGAAUACUCAACCAUUCUCUUUUUUGCCAUCGCCGUCCUCUCGAACAUCGACCCCAUGUAUCAGUACUCCCUCGUCUGGUUCGUCAACCUCUUUAAGGCCUCCAUCGACAACACUGGACAGUCGGAGACCGUCGAGUUGAGGCUGGCAGAUCUCCGGAAACAUUUCACUUACUCGUUGUAUGUUAAUGUCUGUCGGUCCCUGUUUGAGAAGGAUAAGCUACUGUUCUCCAUGCUCUUGGCGAUUAAUCUUCUGGAUAAGUUGGGCUCGGGGGUUCCCCCGGUUGAGUGGAUGUUUCUGCUGACUGGGGGCGUCGGGCUGGAUAAUCCGCAUGCUAAUCCCAGUGGUUGGAUGCCGGCUAAACUGUGGGAUGAGCUGUGUCGACUGGAUGAUGUUCAGGGGUUCAGGGGAAUCCGAGAGUCAUUUAUCAAAAACAACAAUGCCUGGAAAGUUUUCUUCGACGCUAAAGAGCCUCAGACGGCCCCAAUUCCUCCCCCUUUCGAUGAGUUAACGGGGUUGGAAAGACUUCUGGUGCUACGCUGUGUGCGACCUGAUAAAGUCGUGCCCGCAGUGCAGACUUUUGUUGAGGCGGAGCUCGGCCCUCAAUUCAUCGACCCACCACCGUUCGAUUUAGCGUCAUCCUACGCAGAUUCAAACUGCGCUGUCCCUUUGAUAUUUAUAUUAACCCCGGGGGCUGAUCCCGCCCAGGUGUUAUUGAAAUUCGCCGAUGACCAGGGAUUUGGGUCAAGUCGAUUGUUUUCGUUGUCGCUCGGGCAAGGUCAAGGUCCCAUCGCAGAAGAACUAAUAAACAAUGGAGUCCGUUACGGUCACUGGAUAGUCCUCCAGAACUGUCACCUAGCGAAAAGUUGGAUGGGAACGCUCGAAAAAAUUUGCGAGGGUCUCGUCCCCGACACAAUCCACCCAGACUUCCGACUAUGGCUGACGAGUUACCCAGCCGAUCACUUCCCAGUGACUGUCCUCCAGAACAGUAUAAAGAUGACCAACGAACCCCCAAAAGGAUUACGAGCCAACAUCAUAAGGUCGUACCUCAGUGACCCCAUAUGCGAGCCCGAUUUCUUCGAGUCUUGCAAGCAAUCGAUGGAGUUCAAGAAACUGUUGUACAGCCUGUGCUUCUUCCACGCUAUUGUACAGGAGCGACGGAAGUUCGGGCCCAUCGGGUGGAACACACCCUAUGAGUUUAAUGAGACUGAUCUCAGGAUCAGUGUAUUGCAGUUGAAUAUUUUCCUGAAUCAAUACGAUGAUGUCCAGUUUGAGGCGCUCAGAUACUUGACGGGAGAGUGCAACUAUGGUGGGAGGGUCACUGAUGCCUGGGACAGAAGGACUUUGAAUACAAUUUUAGGGAGAUACUAUUGCGAUGAAGUUAUUGGUGAAGAUAAAUAUUAUUUCGAUGAGACAACAGACGUCUAUUACUGCCCUACGGGUAAAGAAUAUGACGCUUACGUCGACUACACGAAGAAAUUGCCUUUGAUCACGGCACCUAGUGUUUUCGGUAUGAACGAGAAUGCGGAUAUCAUCAAGGAUCAACAGGAGACCGAUUUAUUGUUCUCGUCUCUCCUUCUCACUCAGGAGAGAUCGGAUUUAUGGGAAAUUAAGGAAACAUCGAAAGCAACCGGAAGUGGUGGAAUGUCUCCCGACGAGAUGAUAUUUGCUGUUGCCGGAGAUGUACUGAGUAAACUCCCUAAGAACUUCGAUCUAGUUGAGGCACUCGAGAAAUACCCGACUUCAUACAAUCAAAGUAUGAAUACAGUUUUAGUUCAGGAGAUGGGGAGGUUCAAUAAACUGCUGAGUUGCAUCGGAACCAGUCUUGCGAACGUGCAAAAGGCCAUCAAAGGGCUGAUUGUAAUGUCGUUGGAGCUGGAAGAAGUGGCGGAUGCCAUUUUGAAGGGGAAAAUUUCAACUCUCUGGAUGAAAAACUCUUAUCCGUCUCUGAAACCUCUUGGAAGUUACAUCAAUGAUUUUUUGCAGAGGCUGCACUUCUUGCAGAGAUGGUUUGAAGAUGGACCUCCAGCCACCUACUGGGUCUCGGGAUUUUACUUCACUCAAGCGUUCCUCACAGGAGCCAUACAAAACUUCGCAAGAAAAUAUCACAUACCAAUUGAUCUACUAGUUUACGACUUUGUGUUUCUCAAGGAAACUUCCUUCGAUAAGCCACCAGAAGACGGUGUUUACGUUUAUGGCCUCUUUCUGGACGGUGCCAGGUUCGACAGGGAGAAAAUGAUAAUUGAGGAAAGUUUUCCGAAGAUACUUUACGACGAAGUUCCCUUUAUUUGGCUGGUGCCCAUGAAACGCGGAGAUCUACCGACUAGUCAGACCUAUACAAGUCCUGUGUAUAAAACGAGUGAGAGAAGAGGUGUUCUGUCGACCACCGGACACUCGACGAAUUUUGUUAUUGCAUUGCGAGUACCUACAGUGAAGUCCGAGGAGCAUUGGAUUAUAAGGGGGGUGGCGAUGCUCUGUCAACUGUCUCAAUAA